GCCUUACUAUAUUGUUGUUAGCAUGCUAUGGUGCUUUUGUAAUUGAGCUGUAGAUGGGGAUCUUGUCCUCGGUUACAGAUGUGCGUUCGUAGUCAUUACUUUCACUAAACACCCAUAGACGCGCAAUUCAAAUAUAGGAAGAGGAACAAGUCGACGCUCUCUUUUAUGCUUUAGAUUUCUGCCUGUUACGGGCAAAUGCUGGACCUAGUCUCAGCGCUACCUGACGCUCGAGAAGGAGUGUGCCGGCUUUCGCAGGUGCUCAGCGGUGUGGUUUCAAAUACACGUAGAGCGGAUGCGCGCUCUUCGGCCGCCAAGAACUCCUCACCAUCGCUUACUGGCGCUGGGACUUAUCUGGCCCAGGCCCGUCUGUUGUCCAGCGAUGACGCACAGCUUGCACAGGAAAGUAUAGAGCGGCUUGCCGCUCUCAUCGCGCUUGGUCCUCCACGCAGCGCCGACGUUCACGGCUUCACUCCAGUAACACCUGCAGCCGCGCCUGGUGACAAGGAUGGUGAUGCUGUCAGCGAUGACAGCGGCAGCCCCAACGGCCCCGGCGGUCUGGACUCCCUGCCUGAAGCCCAGGCGGAGCAGUACCUCAUAGAGGUGUACGGCAUGUUGCUGAAGUGUCACGUUCCGGAGGCGCUAGGGGAGCUAGCAGCCCUGGCUGGGGCGGCUCUGUUGGGGCAACCGCAGCAGCUGCCGGGUGAUGGGUCCGGUGGCGGCGGCAGCCGUUUGGAGGAGCUGCAGCGGCGCAGGUCUGUGGAGCUGCGCACCUCGGUGGACCUGUACCUGCAUCGCGAGGGCGGCCCCAAUCCCGCACUGGCCUCGCUGGAGGGGCUGCUGUGCGGGCAGAAGCUGGGGGGGCACGCGCAGGCGCUGCUGGAGAGCAUCUGCCAGAUGCUGCUGAGCUGCGUGUUCGACCCCAUCUGGCGACACAGGGACCUGCUGGCGCAGCAGCAGGUUCGCGAGCUGGUUUUGUCGCUGAGCAGCUCGCAGCUGCUGCCCGCAUGCGCCCACAUGUGCACCCGCCUGCGCGCGCUGCUGGGGCGGCCGCCGGGGCAGGAGGCCGCCUCGCACGCCUGGAUGCUGGGGUUCGUGGCGAGGUGCUUCACAGGCCUCGCUCGCUGCAUGAAGGCCAUGGUGGAGUUCGAGUCCUGCGAGCAGCUGUGGGCGCAGCUGGGCGACACGCUGGCCGCCUCCCUGGCCGCCACCGGCCUGCUGGAGCGCUUCUCCGCCGCCGCAGCCGCCGUACACCCCGGCUACCAGAGCUGGUGGCCGCCGCCGCCGCCGGGGAGCAGCAGCAUGCCGGGAGGAGGAGGAGGAGGGGGAGGGGCGGGAGGUGGGCAGCGACAGAUGGGGGAGACGUAUCUGGAGAUGUGCGGAGCGGUGGAGGUCUUUUUGGAGGGCCUCUUCCACCUCACCUGGCACCACACCGCGCGGGCCGAAGCAGCUGCCGCCGCCGGCCCCCCUCCGCCGCUGCUGGUCCGCGACGUGCUGGCCGCCAUGGAGCCCGAGGGCAGCGGCAGCGUGGCCGACAUGCUGUCCAGGAAGGCGGGGCUGCUGCUGCUGGCGCCGCUGCGGCUGGCGGGGAACAGCGGCCAGCAACAGCAGCAGGCGACGCAGCAGCAGGCGGCAGCGGCGGCUGCCGCCGCCGCCGCCGGCGGGGCCUUCGGCCCCGGCGCCGGCGCCCUGUCGGGCUACUCGCUGUCUUGCCCGCUGUGGCCGGCUCUGCUGAGCGGCGGCUUCACGCACGGACUGGCGGCGGACUGGCUGGCGCAUGUGGUGGCGCGGCUGGAUGGCGGGGAGGUGCUGAUGGGAGGAGGAGGAGGAGAGGGGGGGUUUGUGGUGAGCCGGGCGACGCCGCUGCUACACCAGCCGGGCCCUGUGGACCGGGUGGAGCUGCCGCUGCUGCUGUCCGUGUGUCUGGCGGCCGCAGCAGCGGGCGGACACCACUACAUCACACAUGCAGGCAACAGCACCACCACCAACAGCAACAUCAGCAACAGCUACAUGGGCGGCAGCAGCAAUGGCAACCGCCGCCGCUCGAUCGAACGACCCGUGGGUCACUCGGCGUCGUUUCCCUCUGCCGCCGCCGCCGCGCUGCAGCAGCAGUACCAGCAGCAGCAGCUGCCUGAUGCGCUGCCCGCCAUGACGGCUGAGGAGCGGGUGCAGUGGCAGUGCGCGCAUGCGGAGCGGCUGCUGAGGCUGGUGGUGCGGGGGCUCAAGGCCAUGGCAGCCAGCCAGGAUGCGGAGCUGGCGCCCUUCCCCGCCAUACACGCCGCCCACUCCUGCGCCGUGGCGCUGCACCAGCUGCUGUCGGAGGCCAACCCCUCCACCAACGGCACCCCAAGGUGCAGCGGCGAGUGGGCCGAAGGAUCCUCCAAGACGGCUGCUGCUGCUGCUGCCGGGGCGGCUGCUACCGCUGCUGCCGGCGGUGGUGCUGCCGCUGCUGCUGACCUGAGCGCCCGGCGUGGCACCUUCUGGCCCUUCGCGCCGCCCCCGCCCCCGCACACCGCCCUGCUGCUAGACGCAUUCCAGGCCUCCCUGCUGUGCUACUCCGCCUUCCUGCACCCUGACCCCGACAAGGACCCGCUCACGCUGCGGGCGGUGGAGCGCUGCAGCGAGCAGCUCAUGGAGCUGUGUGCGGCCACCGGGGAGGGGCUGAGGACAGGUGUUGCUGCCCUUGUGUACGCCUCCCGUCACGGCCUGCUGCCGGUGUUGGAGGCGGUGCUGCGGGCGGCGGGGCUGGCCUGCCGCAUGGAGAGCCUGCGGGCGCUGCUGACGGCGGCGCUCAGCUCGCUGCCGGCGCUGCAGCAGCUGCUGCUGAGCAGGGACGGGUACCUGUUCCUGACGCUCAGGAAGCUGAUGAUUGCCUGCAUCAACCUGGCCUGCCCGCAUCCCCUGGAGUCCUCCCAGGCCCCCGCCCCGCCACCCAACUCCCGCCGCAGCCUCACCCUCAUCCUGCAGCAGUACAAGAGCAACAGUAACGGCAACAACGGUGCCUACAACGGUAACGGUAACGGCGACAAGUACCGUAUUCCAAGCCCCAACCGAAGGAGCCCCUGGCCAGCGGCGGACAGCAGCAAUGGCGCAGGAGAUGAGGCCAAGCAGCCGUCAACGGAGGGAUCUGCUUCCGCCUCCACCUCCGCCUCCGCCUCUACCUCCGCCCGCAGCAGCAACGGCAGCCGUCGUAACAGCCUGCAAGGCCGACCGUUGAUCCUGCCGCUCGCCGUAGAGUUGGUGGAUACGGUUGCCAUGCUCGCGGCUCGCUUCAUUGAGAUACACGAGGGCCGAGUGGCGGCGGCGGCGAACAUCCGAGUGGACGCCAUGGGCAAUGUCAUCAUCAAGGGCUUCGGCGGCGCCACCGCCGCCGCGAGCGACGACGACGGCAUUGACGACGGUCGCUCGUCGGCGUCGUCGAGCGCUUCGACUGCCUCGGCUUCGUCGUCAAUGGAGAGUCGGCGGCGCUCGUUCGAGCGAGAGGCGUCGGAGCUACUGCCGCUAGCGCAGAUACUGCCGUUUGCACUGAAGUGGCUGGCGGCGCCCGCUGCGGAUUUAGUGGACGCGUUAGCUCAGGAGGUCAUUAAUGACGACGGCAGUGGCAGCUUGUACGGCGGAGGCGGUAGCGACGGCGGUAGCGGUAGUGACGGUGACGGCGGCGACUCGCAGACGCCGCCGGCGCCGGAAGUGCGUCGUCGGAUGUCAGUGGAGCUCAGUCGCGCGGGUUUAGCGACGACGGGAGUCGGCGGCGGCCGACCCACGGGUCAUCGGAGCAAUGUUGGGGUCGUUGGGAGUUUGCCAAGCAGCGCCGGUCUUGCCAGCGGCGGCGGCAAUAGCAACGGCAAGCUGUCGCCGGAGGCUGUUGCAGCUGCUGCUUGGACUCGACCCGGCGAGCGAUCUGCAGUCGUGCUGGGUCGCUGUUCGGAUGCGCUGCACAUGCUGUUCAGACUGAUGGUAACGCUGACGGAUCUGAACCGUCGCGCGCCACACCCCGACUGGCCGGCGCUGAUUGCAAGUCUCCAGCCUCAGCAGCUGCUGGCUAGGGCCGUCCAGGUGCUGGUCCACGGCAUGCACCGCCAGCAGCAGCACGCCCCCGCCUCCGCGCACCCCCACCACCGCGGCCGCCGCUCCCGCCUCGCCCACCCCGUGCUGCUGUCCAGCCUGCUCUCCGCCUCCGUGUGCGGUGUGCAGGCGGGCUGGCUGGGGCCGGAGAGCUUCGGCAUCCCCUCCGCCUCCGCGGCACCCGCAGACGAUGACGACUGGCCGCCAACACAACAGCCGCCAGCUCCGCCCACUCAGUCCAUCGCGCACAGCCCGCAACAAUCGGGCCCCACAGGAGCAGGAGGAGGAGGAGGGGGUGCGGUGGGAGCGGGAGGAGGAGCGGCGUACGGGCCGCUGUUCAGUCGGGUGAGGCGGUUUACCGUUAUCUCUGCGAAUCCGGAGGGUCGCGCGUACCAGUGGGCCAUGGUCGGCGACGACGAGCGGCAUGAGGGGCAGUGCAUCUUGGAAGGGGAGGAGGAGGAGGAGGAUGGGGCAGCGGAUGCAGGUGGGGAUGAUGGCGACUGUGGGGCGGAUCAUGAAAUGCGCGAGAGGCAUCGCCCUGGACAGCACCAGAAACAGAAGAAGCAGCACCCCCAGUACCAGCCCCAGUCCAAGGAGCUGCUGGGAGGGCGCAGCAAGCCUCCGAUGUUGCUGCCCGCCGCGGCGCCCGGAGGGGCCUGGUCCGACCUGCCGCCGCUGCCUGGGCCCGCUGUGGUGCCCACACGCGCCCUGCAGGUACUGGUCUCCGACUACGGUUCCGCCGCGGACCAAGUCCUCUUCGACCUGCUGCUGCGCGGCCUCGCUAACAAGCGCCCCGCCACCGGCACCUCAACCGCUGCCGGCGGUGGCUCCAGCAGCAUCAACAGCGGCCCCGCCGCCAAUCCCUCGCACCAGCAGGGGCAGGGGCGGCAGCAGGCUCAGCAGGCGGAGGGCUCAGAGCCGCCCGUCUUCUUCUGGACGCCUCCCUCCCGCAGCCUGCAUCUGCGCACCUGCAGCAACCCCUGCUGCAUGAACCUGUCAGGGCUGGCGGAGGGGCAGCUGCGGCUGGCGUCGUGCCCGCGGUGUGGCGGCGAGUGGUACUGCAGCCGACACUGCCAGGCCAUGCACUGGCACACGGGGCACCGGAGCAGGUGCGCCAAGUGAGCAGGAGGGGGUUUCCGAGAUGUACCAGAACCACAGGAGAGUGGGGGAGUUGGAUGGAGAGGAGGGUGAGGGGAGAGGGAGGAAAGCUGUGUGGGAGCCGGUGGGUGUACUGCGUGACAAGGUACUGAAUACGUGGCGUGGCGAGUUGUAGAGGCGGGCAGAGAUGGAGGGUAGAAACCGGGGAAUUAAUGCGUGAGGGAAAUGUGGGUUAGGGAAACUGAGUGGCAGAAGGCCCUGCUGGGUGCGGGAUGCGAGUGAAGGCGACUAAGCCGGGCGUGUUCUCUUUCACUUACCCGGGUUCCGGGUUUGGUGACUGCCAGCUGGUUCGUUGGGCGUUGUGUGCCAUUGGAGUGAGCUCAGAGCGAGGGGACUAAGGGGUCGCCUUGUGUCAAUGUCAGUGUCUUGCGACGUCAUCCGAGGCCUUACCUGGCAGAACCUGGUUAAGCGUGUCGUUACAAAGCACGGCUAGUUUAGCCGGGUUGCCGGUAGUACAUGGUUUUAUAGCGUCGAGUAAUCGAAAAGUGUCCCGCACGCCGCACGCUCUAGCAGCGCGGACAGGAGCGUUGGCCACAACCCCUGAAAGCGCGGCUGCUCGGGUGAUCGGGGAGGCGGGCGCUCUUGGCAGCUGCGCUCCCCUGCUGGCUUGUUGGCCCCAUGUUGGUUGGUUGGUGGUCUUGAAUAAUUAGGGCCCUGGGCGCUUUACAGUGGCUUUGCUUUAUUGCAUGCAUGGCUCGCUUUGAGCUGGCAAGCAGGACACAGUGCGUGGCGCUGCGGGUGCGUCGGGGCCUGAUAGAUGAGCAGCUCUAUACACAUGUACGGUACGUAUGUGCUCAUUCGGGUUUAUUCGGUACGUUCUUGGGCGCCUCAUUGGCCUCUAGGACCUCGUCCGUUUCUGUCCCCACAUGGUGUAGGGGUCUCAAUCUCGCAAUACAUGUAGCGUGUUGAAGUACGGCCAAAGGAUGCUAUUACUCGUGGGCCCCCCCCUGGUGUGUUAAAAUAACUGGUGUGUGCGUGUGUGUCCAAUACAUGCGGGAAGAGUGUGUGCUGUGGAGCAGUUGCAUGGGGCAGCGCGGAUGCGAAGGCGCUGUCGUCCUGUGUUUAGGCGCCCCAAUGCCUUGACGCUGAAAUAAGCUAUGUCAUCUACAAACAUGCGAGAUUUUGAUAUGGGGCGCGAUGCGUGCAUGCUUGCGUGGCGUCGUUCAUCCGAUCGCAAUAAACUCUGGCACUACGAAGGACCGGGAUGAAGAGCGGAGGAAGAGGUCAGUCUUCACGCUAAUGGCUGGAGGGGGGGUUCUCCUCCUGCCAUGUGUACGUGUUGCCAGGCGGGAAUGUAAGGGGCAUGUCGGUGCUGUCGAGGAGUUGAAAUAAGGAGGAGACGAGGCUGAGGUAUGAGUCGGUAUGUGACGUGGUGAGAUGAAGUGGACGGGGUUUCAUGGAUUGAGAUGAGGCUGCGGACGUGUGGAGGGCAGAGAAGAGGCGAGGUGGGUGCUACAGUUGUUGUUACGUGAUGCGUGCUGGCGUGCAGUUGUACAUGUUGGUAUUGCUGCGGCUGGUGCUUGAGCGUCACGAGCGUCGUGUGUGGGCAUUGGUCGUGCAGAAGGGGUGCCGGUUGUUUGUUUUUAUUAACUGCGGUGUCUUACAACAUCCCACGUCAGGGGAGUGCGUGUGUCGCCGUUGAGUCGGUGAUGGUUGGGAUACCCGCUGUUCCUGUAACAGUACGGCAAAAGACAAAGCACACCUCGUGUACAACACGUUGAUGUGUUCUUGUGGUGUCCUUUUAAACGAUGCCUUGGUCGAAUGCGGUUUCUAGUGGCGUUGAUGGUAUCGGUUCUUCAUGGUUCCUCCCAGCGUGUGCCCCAACGUUUACCGGCUACUUGAGGUGUGGUGCAGAAAGAUAUUGGAAGAACUGCUUGCGCGCUGGAAUGGAAUGGUUGUUAUGUACAUGUUGCACGGUGCUCGGCUUACGGGCGGAAGCAAUAAGUUAUAAAGCACUAACUUGUGACUCGUGGGUGCCGUCCGGUUGCUUGCUUGUUUCGUAGGUACAGAUCUGCUUCUGAGAUGUUAUCGUAUGAUUGUCUUUGGUGUGCCGGGAAAAAGGUGUAUGUUUGUGCUCCGAGCAGCUGUAGGGUACUUGUUUGCAGUAACAUUCCGCGUGCAUCUAACUCCAGAGUCGUGUCGUGGAGGGCUCAAGCGGAAGCGUAACCCCCCGACAAUGUUCCUUAGUGCUGUGUGCCCUUGUUGCCUUCAUAGAUUGCUGCCCAAGGUUUGCAACAGCCUGGGUAUAGCCGUGGUGGUAUGUCUUGGAUCAUUACUUACUUGUGUGAAGCGAUAGCGCGAGCCUCCCGUGCUGCUGCACGCUCGUGCGUGUUGUCUGCACGCUCUGUUGCCUUACCACGGGCGGUGCAACGGGAGGCUGUAAGGUAGUGCAAGAGGAGGGAAGCGACAGACCCCGUGAGCACUUGAGCCCACCGGUACACAGUCAACCAUGAUCGAAAAUGGUCUGUGGCGUAAUGUGGAGGAUGGAGUUGGAUUUGUGGUGUAUGAGAUGGAGUGUUGAAUCCAGGGCGUUUUAUAAUUGGAGAGCGGUGGCGUUUGGGGUGGGGGUGACCUGGAAAGUGGUGAGAACCAGUUGCCUAGUGCCGGUACAACCCCUGGCGAAGCGCCUUUGUGCCCUGUGGCUGCGUCAUGUAGGUUCUCUCGCAAGUCUGGGAUCCGCAGAGGGGAUAUGCGUCGUGAAGGUACAUGGAUGUAGUACAAGUGCAGGUAUGCAGUACUGGCUGACUGAUCAUAGCCUGUGAUAGCCCUGAAAGAGUUGGCAUAAAGGUUUAGUAGUGCGAUAUAUACUGACAAAGUGCAUCUCAUUAUGAUGUAAGAUGGCAUACCGGUAGCCUCGCGCUGCGUCAAAGCAAACAUGUUCAGAAAGAAGCAGACCCGACCAUACCUAAAGGUCUGCACACAAUGUCACGGUAAAGGACAAACAAGCCACUUUAAUACCAUGCAGGAAAAGAAGUAUGGUUGCUGCAAGAAAUGUACUGUAGGAAGCUUGCCUAACGGAGGACUAGGUGUUACUCUGAAGUGCACCUGCCAGGAGUUAUCUGCAACUUACGAAUACGUUCGCUUAGGCGACCUGUCGUACCUGAAAGGCGUGGACCAUGACAUCAGUCAAGGCCUAAAGAGCUUCCAAUCUCAGCUGGGCAGUGAUGGGACAGCGACCUGCAUCAUGUGCGAUUGCGGAGCCAGGUAUCUCAUCCAGGAGUUGGGUGAGCGGCGCAAGAUCCGCGGGGAGGCGAAGGCCAACCCGGAAGACAAGGAACACAACAAGCGCCUUGCAGCAGAGCUUGCGGCCCGCGGUAUCGCACGGGUGCUACGGCGCUGCCCCGCGCCCAUGGCUCAGCUGCAGGAGGGGCAGGACGGGCUGGUGCGCAGGUGAAGAAGUAGCAGCAGCGGUGGAGGUGGAGUAGUCCGACAGGGCGCGAGGCGAGGUGUGCGAGUUUGGAAUGGAGGGGAGAGGAGUGUGGUUUGCGCUAGGAUCAGAGCAGUGUAAAGGAGCAGGACAUGACGUGUAAGCAAGGGGUAAUAUGGCGUGAAGCAUUAGAGUGCAAGAGUUUGGGAGGCUAGCAACAUGUGUGCACUUCUCGGGUGCUCUGGGGGCAUGGCACUACACGUGUAAGUAU